ACAUUUUGUGUGCAUGCGACGCCAAAAAACUAAUAGAAACGUGAGUUAUAAAAGUAAUUCCAGCGGCAGAGCCAAGCCUCAGUUUUACAUGAGCUACCAAAGGCGGAAGAACGUUUCUGGAGGCUCAAGGAGCAGCAUUGGAGGCCAUCGAGGAGUCGAAAUCACUGGUUUGCUGCCGCAUUCUUGUCGUGACUGCGGCGCAUUAAAUCACCGGGAAAUAAGCGGCGACGAACAACAACCGGAAGUUCAGCGCGAAACGAGCAACUGGUGGUCACCAACAUGGAGGUUUACGCCUGGGGUGCCAAUUCUCACGGCCAGCUCGGCCUUGGCUUUGAGUCCGAAUUGUGCAUGACACCGCAGCGGGUGACCAGGUGCUCCUUCGCCGCCCCCCAAGUUAAAUUCAUUCGUGGAGGUGGUGGCCACGUCCUCAUUCUCGACACAAAUGGAAGGGUACAUGCCUGCGGAUGGAACAAUCGUGGUCAACUUGGACUUGACUCGACGGAGGAGUGCCACAACGAGUUCAAGAUGAUUCCCACCGAAUAUUUUGGGGAAGUACCAGUGGAAACCAUCAGUUGUGGUUGGGACAUUUCAGGAGCCAUUACGGUGACCAAACGCCUUUAUGUCUGGGGCUCGAAUGCCUUCCAGCAGUUAGGCAUUUGCCAGCGGGGAUUUAUAGCCGUUAGACGACCCAUGCCAGUGAAACUUCCCCGGGAAGAAUCCGCUUUAAGGAUCAGCUUUGGCCUGCGACAUUGUGCUGUCCUAACACAGGACAACAAAAUCUAUGUGUUCGGACGACUCAGGAUCAUGGAUCCUCCGCCUAUCGAGCUUGAUAUAACGGCCACCUGCCUGCACCGCUGCAAUACGGUCAAGAUACAGGCUCAUAACCCCAAUGAACUUCGGAUAGUUUCCAUUUCAAGUGGGCAGAAUCAUAUGCUGCUCAAGUGCGUAGAUCUAAGCGAAUUGGGUGGCGGCAGCACUAAGAGAAUCCUCACAUUAGGAGACAAUAAAUUCGGACAGUCCAAUGCCUUUCAGUUCGAGGAGGAUGUGCGGCAAUUGGCAGUGGGUUGGACCCACAAUGCAGCAGUGCUGAAGAACAAUGAGAUCCUCGUAUGGGGUCGCAAUUGCUAUGGUCAAUUGGGAAUCGGCUCGUUCAGCGAUCAGCAGGCUAUACCCACACCACUUCGCUUAAAGCUUCCAGAGGAUCAGAGUCCGGCUAGGAUUCAUAUGGGUGCCGAGCACGGGCUGUUGAGGUCUACGGCUGGAGAGGUUUACACCUGGGGAUGGAACGAGCAUGGAAAUUGUGGUAACAACAGCACUGAAAAUUUAUGUACUCCAACCCUUUUAGAGCUGCCACCAGUUAAAUUGUGCGGCGCUGGAGCCGGAUUCUGUUAUGCCAUUACAGAGCCUGUUAACUGAUUUGUAUUUGCAUGUCCUGACGCUUUGUUUAAUUUUUAACUUAGGGCCCAUUGUGUAAUAUUUGUGUACAGCUUUGUUAAAACUUUUAAAAUAAAAGUACUACUGUUGAGAAUAAA